GCAGUUCAUUGUCAUUUUAUUCAGGGCAUUUCAGAGAACAGGCAAUGGAUGAAGAAAUGUACUUUUAAACUGUAAUUGGGCAGGGACUCGAACUGAAUUUUAAUUCUGAAGAGCUGUUUUUAUAAGUGGAAUCCUCAGUGACGUGUAUUGUGACUAGUCGCUGGCAGAAAUCUUCAUGGACCAGUGAGUUGAGUAAAAUCAAACCUGACAAGACCUCUGCAUCUCUGGGAAAAUAAAACAGUGUUUUACAGAAGCUGCACAGAGCAGCUCAGUCACUGCCCUUGUGUGAAUUUAAGGUGAAGAAGAAAAGGACAGGAAAACAAAGAGACACCAGAGAGAAGAAAGCGUUGUCUCUGAAUUUGUCUUUGUGUAUAGAAUGAAGCCUAUCUUGGAAACCACAACCACCGCGGAAAACCAUGAAGCAAGCCAAGAGAGCAAAGGUUGUUUUGAGUGCUGUAUUAAGUGUCUUGGAGGAGUUCCGUAUGCGUCGCUGCUGGCAACAAUUCUGUGUUUCUCUGGCGUGUCGCUGUUCUGCGGCUGUGGCCAUGUGGCUCUAACCAAGGUGGAAAAGAUUGUGUCCCUAUACUUCUCUCUCAACUCAAGUGACCAUGCCUUGCUGACUGAUGUAAUCCAGAUGAUGCAGUAUGUCAUCUAUGGAAUUGCUUCAUUCUUCUUCCUCUAUGGAAUAAUCCUUCUGGCAGAGGGGUUUUACACCACAAGCGCUGUAAAGGAAAUUCAUGGCGAGUUCAAGACCACUGUGUGUGGACGCUGCAUCAGUGGAAUGUUUGUCUUUCUGACCUACCUGUUGGGAAUAGCAUGGCUGGGAGUUUUUGGCUUUUCUGCUAUUCCAGUUUUUAUUUAUUACAACAUGCGCUCGACCUGUCAGACCAUCGACAACCCACCGGCAAAUCUGACAGAGGUGAUUGAAGAUAUCUGUGUGGACGUCCGACAAUACGGUAUCAUUCCCUGGAAUGCCUCACCUGGAAAAGCCUGUGGCUCAACCUUGACUGCCAUCUGCCACACAUCUGAGUUUGAUUUGUCCUAUCAUCUGUUUAUCGUAGCUUGUGCUGGAGCUGGUGCUACUGUCAUUGCACUGAUCCAUUUCCUCAUGAUUUUGUCUGCAAACUGGGCGUACUUGAAGGAUGCAUGCAAAAUGCAAAUAUACCAGGAUCUCAAAACGAAAGAAGAGCAGGAACUUCACGAUAUCCAUGCUUCCCGAUCAAAAGAACGACUGAAUUCUUACACAUAAGAACAAUACAGUCCAACAUUUACCAGCAGAGCCAUUGAACAGAAAACCUAGCAGCUGUGACAAAUCUAUAGACUGCUGUGCAGUGCAGAUGUGCGUCCAUUAACAAGCAAAUUUGCAAGUGUUCAGAACCAAACUGAACAUCUUCAGUGAGCAGUUUGUAUUAAUUCCUCUAUGACAGAUCAUUCCUCAGUUCUCAGUUCCUAAGAUUCCAGGAAAGUGCUCAGUUUUAAUAGAUUUAUUUUCAUCAUAAAUUGUACUUGGAAUUAGUCUUUAGGCCCCUUUUUCCAUUUCUGGACUACAUUCGCUGUACAGCUUCAGUGUGCUUUACAAACAGAUCAACAACGGUUUUGCGGUGGGGAUACUGUGGGGUGUGUAUGUGUGUGUGUGAGGUUGGGGUGGUGGCAGCAAAAGUAAACUAAUUGAGCUAGCAAAAAGAGAAAGAAACUAGCUUUUGGAAUCCAAGUAAAUGUAUUCCAAAUACAUAAUGGUUUUGCAAUAGAUCUCUUUCAUUUUCCAUAUGUAAUAAUCUGAUUUAUUACUGUAGACCACAGCCUUCUUUAUCAUUUCAUUAUUAACAAAUUUUUAAGAUUCUAGAUAGUUUAAUCAUGCCUGCAUUUUUUGUAUAUCCAACCUGAAAUUAGUAUUUUCAGUGCUUCUAAUAAGCAAAUAUAAUCUAAUACAUUAACCAUUUAUCAUUUUAUAUCUUAAACAUGCAGUUUAAGUUUUCUAUUGUUGUUCAAAUUAACCAACACCACUCAUUACUUAGUUUUAGCUCAGUUUUGAUAGACAGAAGUGGAUGAUUAAAUCUAGUUAACGUUAUUUUACAGUUCAGGUGGCCUCAUUCCUCCAGCUUUUUCUUUCUAACGUCGACAAAUGCUAAUUUUAGGCAUUUACAAUUUUCCUUUACUAAACAUACUGCUAAAAUUAGGACAUGCAAAAGCCAGUGAUUAUAAAUUGUUCUUAUGAUUUGAACUAAAAUUCUCAUAUCUAUUACAAGUUUAAUUAUUUGAACGAAAGUACAUUUCUUCGCACAUUGUUAACCUGAACAUUUCCUGUGACAAAUUUCAUUAACAGACAUUCUAGAAGAGUUAUGUUAAAUUCAUUUUUACGUCACUUUUUGUAAUUAAAUCAUUUUUAGUAUACAGCAUUCUUUCAAAUUAAACUUUAACAUUAACUUGGGCAUAUAAACUUCACUUACAUAUGAAGAGAAAGAUUAACCAAGUUUGUUUCCAGGAUUUUUCUGUGGAAAUUUACUUUUCAAUUUAAGUAGUUAUGUGCUAAUUCAUUAACAAUUAAAUAAAAGCUAUUUCUCCUAGCGUUAAGAUGUUUAAAGUAUUCUUGUACAUUUCAGCAAGUCAAACUCUUUGUAUCCAAGGCAAAACAGUUGAACAUACUAUUGAGCAAACAAAGCAUGUGGGUAAAUCUGACUUGAAUGUUUGCCCUGAACUAAAAGUUAGAUUUUACCCUGUUUCGUUAAGUUGCUUGAGCAGAACAUUUCUAUGCAUUGAAAUUGCAUGGUUUAGAAUCACCUUCUGUAAUUUGUCUUUUAUAAUCUGAUAAGUAAACUAUUUUCUAUUGUAUCAGUCAUCAUCUUUCUAGUGUUCCCUUCCAAAUGGCCAAUAAGUCAUUUGAGUUAAAAUUUUAUGUCUAUGCAGAUGCAUGACCUAAGCCAAAGAUAUCAAUCAACAACCUGGGGGGCAGAAGCCACAAUUCUCUUUUUUGCUCUUUAUUUUGUUAUCUGGAGCCUGUUUUGAUUUCUUCCCACCCUCUUAUUUCUGAAAUGUGUGUUUCUUUCAUUUUCCUUUUCAUACUAUCCACGUGUUAUUUUUAAUUAGCCUUUUUCUCUUCCGGUUUCACUUUUACCUCAACAGGUUUACUCAUGCGCAAUAAGUUACUACACAUAUAAAUAUCAGUCUCCGAAGGUAGUACUAGCAGGUUACACUACAGGCCGUAGCUGAAAAAUACAGACCUGAAGGGAUAAGUUUGUAUCAAAACUUAUUUAACUUUUUCUCAUACUUAUAUUUUGCAGCGUUUUUGCAUGAAAAUUGUAUCAAUAUAAUCACAAUGUUC